ACACAGCCACCUGUAAUUGCCCAAAAAGGGUUGGAUAGCUCCUUAGCCUUGAACUCCCUCGGGCUUGUGAUAUCAUAGAACUAUGUCGUCCAGCUUUGCCUCUUCGUUCGCGCCCUAUACCCCUCCACCAGAUGACUCUUCCUACCGAUCAGCGAUAUCUUCAAACUCCAAAGCUCGGCCAUGGUUUCCAGUUCACUCAUCCUCACGAGGAACAGAGAUAUCUUAUCAAUCUGGCGGUCUCCCUACAUUUAACAAUUCGAUAAGCGGGCAUGAGGAUGUUCAGCAGGAUCUGUGGGAAACGAGUUAUGGGCUGCGUGUGGACGUUUUAUCAGCCUUCGCAUAUAUAUUGGGUCCAAUCUCAGCUUUGAUAUUACUUGUGCUGGAAACUCAUAACGAUUAUGUUCGCUUUCACGCUUACCAAUCUGCCUUGCUAAUGACACCUCUGUUAUUGGUGCGCAUAUUUGCAUCACUACUUGGUUUUCCUUCGUGGAUGCGGUCAUUCCUUACUAUUACAUUCGCACUUUCCGCACUUUUCAUGGCCGUACGAGCAUACCUCGGAGCGUCGCGCGAAGGUCUCACACGUUAUCAUCUCCCAAGAAUUGGACCGCUUGCUGAGAGAUGGGUGUUUGAGGAAUGAGCUGUUCUCCUCCACGACGUCAUUAUCCCAUAUCAACGUGCACUGGAAUUACACCCUCUAUCUAUGUAGCAAUGAAUACAUGAACAAUAGUAACAAGCGAUCCCCUUCCGGCGGGGCCGCAGUACGCAGUGGGUGAAGCUACUAUGUGCAUACUUUCUAUGUUCACGCAAUCAAAGCUGGUUGGUUCCGAGCGCACUCAAGCACGCGCAUUGCAGGUCAACAAUUUUGUGAAGGACAGAAAAAAUGCUGGUCCGAU